CUACCACUGCCUUUGGACUUCGAACACGAUUACUACGCAGGCACUGGUUAGUGUCAGUAGUUGCCGGUCGCUUUCCCAGUGAAGUUUUACCUGAGUUUUUUGGAUCGUUCCGGGGCUUUUGGGAUUAUAAUAACUUAAUAAUAAUUGCAUAAUCGCAAUGAGCGGAAACCUGGAUUACAAGGCAGCCACGUCGAUCUACGACUUCGAGGCUAACUCUAUCAAAGGGGACGUAGUACCCUUGUCAAACUACAAAGGUCACGUCUGUUUGAUCGUUAACGUUGCUUCGAAAUGUGGUCUUACUGAGACUAACUAUAAAGAGCUGAAUGAACUCUAUGACAAAUAUGCAGAGACUCAGGGCCUGAAAAUUUUAGCAUUUCCGUGCAAUCAAUUUAACGGUCAAGAGCCAGGUGACAGCGAGGAAAUUUGUAGUUUCGCCAGUCGUAAGAAGGUCAAGUUUGAUCUCUUUGAGAAAAUUGAUGUCAACGGUGACAACACACAUCCCUUAUGGAAGUGGUUGAAGAAGGAGCAGGGUGGCACCUUCGGUAACUUCAUCAAAUGGAACUUCACGAAAUUCGUUAUCGACAAAGAAGGAAAAGCAGUAGAGAGACAUGGACCCAAUGUGGAUCCAUUGAAAAUAGCUUCACAUCUUGAGAAGUACUUUUGAGGGAUUACCUCAGUCACUCCCUAAUGCACGGUUGUGAUUGCGAACAUUUUUUUUUAUAUUCAGCAAAAUUACAUUACCACAUUAGAGUUCAAUCAUUGAUUGAAAAAUAUCCACGAGUUCACAUUUAUUACGAAUAGCUUAUUUGGAGGUAUAUUUUACCCGUAUUUUUUGAGUAUCGCAUAGCAACCCUUAUUAGGAAUUUGUACUCUUGAAAUGCACUUUAAUAAACAUAUGAUAAUUUGAAAAAGAAUUAAUUGGUGAAAUUAAUAUACAGCUCUCAUG